AUGAUGACUACACUCACAGAUCUACAGAUCGUUGGAGAGCUAGGAUGGACGAUGCAACUGAUCCACGAUUACAGUCGCAACAAUGUCAUUUGUGCUCACUGGCGUCCUCCGUACGGUGACACCGAUCAGCGUGUCCAAGCGAUAGCCAAGCACGUGUUCGGCUUGAAGACUAUCCUUUGGCUAUAUGACCCCAGAGAUUGGUGCCUGGCAGAGUCUACACCAAAUGGUUCGGCCUGCUCACCAGGGAACGGCCCACAGACCUUUUCCGACCUCAAGAACGCCUUGCACGGGUUUGUCAACUCUGCGAAGCAAAAGGGUCUCAUCAUUUUGGAGCACGAACAGUCUACGCGCGCGGUCGCGGGAUUCAAGUACAUUUUCCCCUUGAUGAAGAAGCUCAAAUGGGUUACAUUAUCAAUCCCUGAUGCAUUACGUCUCCCAUGGUACCAAUAA